UUUUGCAGUUUUUUGUGAAAAAAUCUCUUUACUUAUCAGCGAUGGGUGGUGGCCGCCGUUGUUCAUAUAAAAAUUGCAUCAACCGAAGCAAUAACAUUGAUGACCUACACUUUUUCCAUUAUCCUGUCCAAAACAAGGAAGUAUGUAAAAAAUGGAUUGAAAUGGCCGAAAAACCUCACUUUAACGACCUAACGGAAUCUCAGCUAAGAAACAAAGUAAUCUGUGACAAACACUUCGAGGAUAAAUAUUUCACCAAUCCUUUGAGAAAAAGAUUGUUGAAGGGGGCUGUUCCCAAGCUAGAUGGCGUCGUAAGCAAUACUGCCAAUACUAAAUCAAGUAUGUUUUAAGCUUUUUAGUAAAAUUUCAUUAUCUUAAAACUUUUUCUUUUAUAAAUCUUUUGUCCAAUAAAUAGAUAGUUACAUUAAGGAAUCGUUUAACUAUGCUUACCCUGUAUAUUUUAAAAGUUUUUUCUUGUGUAAUUUGACAUUGACAUUUGACAUUUAAAACUAUACAAAUAUUAAGUAUCUUUUA